AUGAGCGACCAGAACAUCAAGCGGAAGGCGUCUGUGCUGAGCAAGCCCACCCGGGUGAGCCCGGUGACGGACCCGCUGGCGGGUUCGGCGUCGACGGCUGGGGCCGGCAACGGAGUUGGCGGCUCGACGUCGCAAGGCUCCGGAGAGGCGCUGACCAACUCGCUCUCGACCGAGUCGUUGGGCUCGACCGACGGGCGGACGGGAGCGGCGAGAGGCUCGCAGGGCGCGGGGCGAGGGCCGGGGAGGACGCCGCAAGCUGCCGGGGCCAGCGGGCGUGUUUUUGCGGCAGACGGGCGAGCGGCCGACGAGCCGGCUGACGAUGAGGUUGGUGAGUUGAGCGAAGGCGAGCGAAAGGGUGAGAGCUCCCGGUUUGUGCGUGUGGGCGAGCCGAGCGAGGCAUAUGCCGGCAACGCUAUCCACACCUCCAAGUACACGUGGUACUCGUUCCUUCCGCGCAACUUGUACGAGCAGUUUCGGCGAGUCGCCAACGUCUUCUUCCUUGCGGUUGCCAUCCUUCAGCAGAUCCCGGGCGUCUCGCCGACGGGCCGCUACACCACCAUUCUCCCGCUCGGGCUUGUUCUGUUUGUGACAGGCCUCAAGGCAGCGAUCGAAGACUGGCGGCGGCACCGUUCGGACAAGAUGACCAACGCGACGCCAGGCCGGGUUCUGAGGUGGAAGGCAAGCUCAGGGGCGGAGAGCAGGCGGCGGAGCGGCCGUGCUGGCGACGAUGAUGGGUACCACGGUGCCGACUCGUCGCAUCCAGGUCUCAACAACGUCGAGUCGCCCGAGUGGGAGUCUGUGGCGUGGUCCGACAUUGUGGUGGGCGAUGUGGUCCGGGUCGAAGCCGACGAGACGUUUCCGGCAGACAUGGUGUUGUUGGCGUCGUCGCGGGUCGACGGGACGGCUUCGGUGGAGACGGCCAACCUCGACGGCGAGACAAACCUCAAGCAGCGGCGGUCGCUGGAGCAGACGGCGCACCUGCAAGACGCCGAGGAGCUGGCGCAGUUUUGCGUGGCCGGCGUCAGCAUCGAGUACGAGCUCGCGUCGCCCGUUGUGCACCGGUUCUCGGGCAACGUGCACAUGCCGCGGCUGGGGCGCGGGCCGACGGGCGAGCGGCAGUGGCAGUCGCAGGCCUCGGACGUGGUUCCGGCUCUGUGA